GCCCAGUUUAUUUAUUGAGGCCCAUCUCUUCAAUUCUAACCAAGCAAAUGUCACGUUCUCUUUACAAGAAUACCCAAUGCUAGAGGAAAUAGAAGCAAACUACACAGACAAUGUUUUUUUUUGGCAGUAGCUCCAGAGACAUGGUAUCAAAAACCCCAAAAGAAAAUUAGCCAGUAAGUACGACAAAAAAAAAAUCAAAUACAGAAGAAGGGAAAGUUUAUGUAGAUAUAAAGACAAAUAUAGAAGAAAGAGAAGCACAGAUUUAUGUCUAUCAAGACCAUCAAGACAUACAAUUGGUUGAUUUCCCUGAUGAUGCGGCAUGGAACAUUGAGGAUGCUGGAACUUUAAACUCAGAAUACCUAAAGGAUGGAAGUGAUGAUGACAUGGAUGCAUCAAUUUGGGUCCACCAAAAUAUAAUCAGAAUUUUGUUGCAUUUGAAGACAUCUUGGACUUCAAGUAAUCCCGGUAGAAGAUAUUGGGCAUGUCCUUAUUAUGGGGGUCCAAGAUCUUGUGAUUUUUGGCGUUGGAGGUAUUCAGAAGACAUUGAUCCGAGGUUCAAAUAUGUGAUUCCUAAACUAAUUGAAAAAUUAGGUGAGUUCAAGAAUGUAUUUGAAUCUUGUCGUUUCAAUGAAAUUGAGAAAUUGAUUGGAUUGAGCAAAUCAAUCAAGGAAGAAUCAGAAGAAAAUGACAAACCUAAAGAAUCAAAACACGAUGAUAAUGGGAUUAAUGUGAAAUUGGAGAAGUUGAAAGAAGAGAUUCGAAAAAUCAAGGAGAAAGAAAAGAAUUGGAGACGAAUAGCUGAAGGAAGGACUAGAAACAAUACUCACUUCUUUGUUGUGUUUUUUUGUUGUAUAUUAGUAAUAGCUUUAAUCUAUUUGGUUGGAAUGCUCUAUAUGAAAAUGGUUUAAUGAGGUUACCUUAGCACUAGGUUGCUAAUAUAUGACGUGUUGCAAAUAAUUGUGUUAGAGUAGUGCAACUUCUUUUGUAUUUGGAUUAUCUUAUAUAUAUGAAGAAGAGAAAGGUUGCUAGA